CCGCGGUCUCGGCCCUCCGCUGGAUCUCACAGUCCCUCGACUGUUCCGCUCCAUUCACCAGGUACCGACUCACUCGAUCACUCUGCACGUGUUAUGGCGCGAUACAACCCGACCUCGCACCAAGCAUGCAGCAUGCAGCUUGCAGUCUGCUUCUGCCCAUCUCCCUUGGCACCGCCGCCGCCGCACCGCCGUCGACGUGGCCGAAUCUCUCAUCGCAGUCCGCAGCCACUUACUUGCUCAGUCACCGACCGCCCAAGCUGAUACAACACAAGCUCACUCCUCUCGGUUCUCCCACUCAUAAACGCCCAUCUCUCCUCCGCUCUUUGCACCA